GUGCGAUUCAGCCCGACACCUUUCGCCCCUCCCCUUGUUGCCUUCCCCUCUCUCUUGUUUGAUUGUUGUUGUUGUUUGUUGGGUUGCUGCUCCUCCUCCUCAGCACCACCCUCACCUGUCUGCUUUGCUGUGCGCUGCUGCUUGUGCGCUUCCUGCUUUGCUUUGUUGUUGGUGGUGCCGUUGUACACCACACAGUGUCUCUUCUCUCCCCUCUCUCGCUUACAGUAGCAGCAACAGCAGCGACUGCUUGUGUUGAUCCUCCUCCCUUACUCUGCCUUGUUGGUUUGUUUCAGGGUCAUCUGCACACGCCCUGCGGUGCACAGGUGUGAUCGAUCAGACGCCGAAGAAGGCACGGAAACCCACUGCCGCUCUCUGUCUUGGUGCCCUGCAAGGAUCCACAUAACAUCGUGUUCGUUGUCAUCGACCUGCACCAGCCAUGGCAGACCUUGACACGCUCUUGCAGGACUUUUCGUACCUCAAGUCUUUGGAACACAAGAACGAAGCUCCCAGGCGAGUGAGCAAGAAGCUCCUCCUCCCUCAUCACAGUGUGGAAUAUGUUGUGAAACACAUCUUCUCCGAGACUGGCGAGCUCAACUUUGACCGCAUCUACCGUCGGCCCAUUGGGUUUCGGUGCCUUCGGGACUACUGGUGCUCUGAGGAGUAUGUUGGCGACCACGGCCCGCGUGCAAAGCUUGCGACGACGCUGUGCGAGGCCGUGCACGAUUUGUCUGCGCAGCUGCCGGCAGAGGCGCUGGAGAGCGCAACGGAACUCAAGAAGAACCUCAUUGACCAGGAGGCGGUGCGUGCGCUGUGGUCUGAGGAGGCCGUGACGGCGCUUGACAGCCAGCUCGCCGCCCUCACCAAACGCGUGCGCGACAUCAAGAACAAGGAGAUGAACUCCAGCCGCGUUGCAGAGAAGGACGACACGGGUGCAGGCACCAGCGCGGCCGCUGUUGUGGCCGGGGAGGUGAUCAAGAUGGUGAGCAUCAAGGACAUGUUCCGUGCGUUUUCCGACCAGGCAAAGGCGUUUCUCUCAAAGGAUCCGUGGCAGCAUUUUCUCAGCAGCAAAGCAAUGCGUCGCUACUGUCAAUGGAAGCACCUCGAACUCAACAUGAAGGUGACGGUUGAGGACUUUGACGUGCACCGCAUUCUCGGCCGCGGCGGUUUUGGCGAGGUCUUCCCCUGCAGGAAACGCGACACCGGCGCUGUGUUUGCGAUGAAGAAGUUGUACAAGAAGCGGCUCAAGUCAAAGAACCAGGAGCUGGCUGCCGUGCACGAGCGAAACGUCCUCGCAGAGAUGAACUCCAAGUUUGUGACGAACCUCAAGUACGCGUUCCACGACGACACGACGCUCUAUCUCAUCCUUGACCUUAUGGAAGGUGGCGAUUUGAGCUUUCACUUGAAGCGCAAGGGCACAUUUUCCGUCGAGGAGGCUCGCUUCUACGCUGCGGAGGUUGUGCUUGGGCUUGCGCACAUCCACUCGCGCAAGUUGGUGUAUCGUGACCUGAAGCCGGCCAACAUCCUGCUGGACGAGCAUGGCCAUGCUCGCAUCUCAGACCUGGGCCUCGCCCGCGACGUCAGACACGGCUACCCAACCUCGCAGUGCGGGACGGUUGGCUACAUGUCGCCGGAGGUGCUGCAGUCUGGUGUCGAGUACGGAUACGGAUGCGACUGGUGGAGCCUCGGCUGCAUGAUCUUCGAAUUCAUCACAGGCGUGACGCCGUUCCGCCAGGUUCCGUCAACGAAGGACGAGGUCAAGGACCGCACCCUCAAGGAGGAGGUUGUGUUCCCCGACGACUUCCCUGCUGCUGCGCGGGACGUGUGCGAGCGGCUACUGCACAAGGACCCCUCCAAGCGCCUGGGCGCUGGCGGCGUGUCCGAGAUCAAGCGCCACCCGUUCUUUGAUGACGUCGACUGGCUGGCGCUGGCAGACCACAAGGUGGACCCGCUCAUCAAGCCGUUCCAGGGGCAGGUGAACGCGCGCGACGUGUACGACAUUGAGCGCCUGAACCAGUACGAGACGAAGAAGGUGGUCAUCACCGCGGAGGACAACUCCAAGUACUACAGCACCUUCAACCACAUCAUGUCCCACCACUGGCAGCGCGAAGUCCUCAACUCUGUGUUUGAUUCCGUGUCGCAAGAGUGCAACCGGGAGGAGACGAAGAUGGAGAGCAGAAUACAGACGCGCCUCACAUCGUCCCGCGCACACACAUACUUCAACCCGCCAUCGCGGGAGCGGGUUAUGGAGGGGUAUCUGCGCAAACUCGGCGGGUUCAUGCGCCGCGCUUGGAAGAAGCGAUACGUCAUUCUCACCCAGGACAGCAUCGCCUGGCUCACAGAACCUGUGACCAACGCGCGUAAAGUGCUUCAUUUCGAUGACGUGGCGACGAUAGACAAAGUCCAGCAGGGAAGGGUUGCGUCAUGCAUUGCCAUUGGCACAACCGAUCGCAUUUACACCUUCACAUCAGAGCACGACAGCGAUUUCCAAGUCUGGAUCACGAAGCUCCUCGAGACGUUCCACAAGUUCAAAGGGACGGAGGUUGUGACGCCCGGCCCGACGCUGGUGGCCUCUGCGCGGUCGAACGAGGCGGAGAACCCGUCGCGCCGGUCGUCGCGGUCAACGCAGGAAGCCGACGACGAGGAGUGAUGGAUGGGCCAGCACCCAGGGCACGUGGUUGGAUUGGGUGGGUUUGUGUGGGUGUGUAUGGGUUGGAUGGGUUUGUAUGGGUUGUGUUGGUUGGUUGAUUGUGCCCCUGGGUUUGAAAUGGUUACGGAUGGCUUCCUUGGUGCGGGAGUGUUCUGGUGUUGCUGAAUCCAGGUGUCUUUCCUGUCUGGUUUUCGUUGAUGCACGUGCCUCUCGUUACUGCUCCUUGAUGCGCUCCCCUCUUGCGUGCGUGUGGAUGUGAGGUUUCCUCUCAUGCCCACGCUCAUUGCCUGUUGUCGCUUGUGUUCCUCUGCUGUCUUUAGCUUUUGUCACCAUGGUCAUGUCAUUUUCAUUAAGUUUGCAUCGUCACACACGUCACGUGUGUUGUGCUUUCAUUCACUUGCUGCUUGCUGCUUCAUAUGCCUUCUUGCCUGCCUGCUUUGCGCACACUCCUGUUGAUCAUGACACGUUGUUUUGGUUUUGUGGUUUUGUGAGUAUCACACAUUGCGCGCAUGAUGUCGUGGUUGUGUACAGCGUGUGUGUGUGUGUGUGUUUGUUGUGUCCCCUUGCUUGACCCGACACGCACUCGCAUGCCACCACGUCCACGCUCGCACGCUGUGCUGGUUGUGCAUGUGUGCGUGCGCUCUACGCUUUCUUGUGAGUGCGUGUUGGCAUUAUGCUUGUCGUGCUUGCGUCGUAAUUCAGUGCUGGUGGUGCGACUGAUGCCGAGCCACCGAAGUAAAACAUGCCUUCAACAACA